AUGGAGUACCUUCGCCUCAUAUACACCGACUACCUCUUCUCCCCAGACCCGGAAGUCUACCGCGCUCACGUGCGACUCUUCCACUUCUUCCCCGUCGUAUGCAUUCUACAAUCGGCGAUAACCACUCCAAUGGGCAAGACCUCUGUCAAGUCCUUUCUCAACUUACCAGGAAAACUAUCCUGGAUCCUAAUGGAACUCAUCUCCCCAAUCUCCUUCUUCUUAACCUUCUACCUAAACAACUCCCAUUCCCCUCUCGAAACCCUCGCCGCCCUGCCUAUAUCCCAUAAAAUCCUUUCGAUAUUAUACCUAAUCCACUACCUCAACCGCGCCUUAAUCUCCCCCCUCAGAGCUCCCGCCUACGCUCCAGCGCAUAUAAUAGUCUUGUUGGUAGCAACUUACUUCAACUAUCUAAACGGAUACUCCCUCUCUUCAUUCCUACUCCUUCAGCAAGGUAAAGUUCCUCAAGAAGAAGGUGGUGGGUGGUGGGUUAUAAGGUUCGGGGUUGGAGUGGUGAUGUGGGGGGUGGGGUUUUUGGGGAAUAUAUGGCAUGAAGAUGUACUUUAUGAGAUCAGGAGGAGGGCGAAAAGAGAGCAUUUGGAGAGUGCGAAGGCGAAGAAGGAGGAUGGAUUGGGGGAAGGGGUUGAGAGGGUUUUGGUGGCCGAUGGGAAGAGGUUGGUUGUUAGGGCGGAGAAUAGUGGGCAUGUUUAUGAGAUUCCUGAGGGGGGGUUGUGGGAGUAUUGUUGGCAUCCGCAUUACUUCAUGGAGUGGAUCGAAUGGACGGGAUUUUUGAUCGCAGCUGGAGGGUGGGAGUGUGCGCCUGCUAUCAACUUUUUGGUCAAUGAGAUCGCGUCGAUGACGCCGAGGGCGUUCCAGGGGGUGGAGUUUUAUAAAAGGAAGUUUGGGAGGAAGUUGCCGGAGAGGAAGGCCGUUGUGCCUUUUUUGCUGUGA